CCGACUCGCCGUAGUUGUAACCGCUGCACUACAGAGGGGGGAGUUUUGUUUUGUUUUGUUUUGUUUCGUGUCAUUUUAAUGCUUUAUUUUACACACAGAAAAUGGCUCAAAACGUCCAGAGCGUAACUCUUUCUCUGACAUUACCCAUAUCCUGUCAGAUUUGUCUCGGAAAGACACUGAGACAGAGCGCAUCCGACUCCGACCACGUACAUACAUACCGCCGUGUGUCGACUCGCGAUAUUUUCAAAUUACAAUGGGUUCAUUGGAAACACAUCUCCAUCGACCACCAGGCGAGGGUUAUGGGCCUUGCUCAAGGACCCAGCACUGCAGUUCGCAAGCCGACGAUCUGCUGUAACCACCACGUGUUCUGCGCAGCCUGCAUCGAGCUUUGGCUUCAAAAGUGCAGUCAGUGUCCGACCUGCAGAGUUCCCAUCACACCUGAGAACCCGUGCCGAGAAAUCAUCGGAGCUACAAAUGAAAGCGGGUCCACAGAAAGCCAUUCGGUGAGGAAGCAUCUGAGGAAGACACGAGGGGAAUUGCUGCUGCGUGAAUACGAGGACGAGCUGGAGACCCUGCUGAAGGAGAACGAGGAGCUGAAGAGCAGAAACAGGAUCCUGGAGUCACAGCUGAAGGCCUCACUGAAGCCCGCUGCCCCUCCCACUUCUCCCAGCGACGCCGCGCAUGGCGCCGCCCUACUGGAGGAAACGGCUAAUAAGCUGCGAGCUGCCAAUGAGCUCCAUCAGAAUGUGCAACAGGACGUGGACAAGCUGAAAGAUGCGAACAAGACACUGCGCUCCCAGAACGUCGACCUCGUCCAGGAAAACCUGCGUCUCAGAGCCGAGGUGGAGAGCAGAUCUCCUCAGAAGUUCGGCAGGUUCACCGUAGCAGCGUUGGAGGCGAAGAUCUCACAGAACGAGCGAGAGAUGGCCCAGCUGAAGAAGGCUUUGGAGAGAAGUGACUCUUAUAUUGAGGAACUCGAAUCCCGAGCUCCGAAACUCCAGAGCGAGCCUCCGUUACAGAUCUCUUCCUCUGUACAGUGGCAGGACGAUGCUGGAGACUGUUCGAGCUCGAACCUGGACAGUACUUCUGUUGAUCCUUCAGACAGUCAUGGCUCCCUGCAUGUUCCUGCCCCUGAUGAAGCUCCAGGUUCUCAGAAGGACAGGAUGGUCAGGUUCGCCGUGCCCUCCACACCACCGACUCCCUCCUCGGCUCUCAGCAGGUUGAGUCUGAAAAGCCCCAUGGUGCAGAGCGAGAAAAAGCCCAGCUGUAACCGUCUCCCGUUUCUCAGGAGGCUCAGCUUCGAUGACUGCGCCAGCUCGAGCAGCUUCACAACCUUUUCCUCAGUAGAAUCUCCUUCUCCCGAAGUCAGCAGCAAUCUGUUUGGGCCGCAAAGCUCAGUGAAUUCAGCCAAUCAGAGUCUGUGGAGCGGGUGGGAGGAGCCAUGCUCUAGUACUUUGUACAGCUGCCAGGAAAACGAGCAGAAUAUCAGGAACGGUUCAUUAGCAGACGAAGCUCGUAUGGAUGCCGCGUUCCUCAGCAUCGUCUCAGAGCUCGACUCCAUGAUGGCCGAAGGGGAAAGUUCUCGCUCGCGCACGCCUCGGGUCCCGCCCGACUUCAAUGCCGCAUCCUUAUCAGAUCUUGUCGAUCUCGAAUUAGGCGGCGAACAGCAGCACGGAACAGCCACAGAUGUUCCAGAGACGUUUGGGGAAUCUGUGAAGCGGAAAUGUCCCAUUAGUUUAGCAACGUCCAGUCCAAACAAAAUGUCCAGGAUCCAAUAGUUUUACUUUUUUUUUUGGAAAACAGGACUCAUUCUCACUCACGCAGGUCAACGAGUUUUCUUAGCCAGCUCGCUCUGAUACGUGAUCAUGACAGGAUUUCUGUCAGGAUCGUCAUCUUAACACUUUACUGACUGGAAAACUUAAAGGAAUUCGACACAAAUUAUUAGAAAUAUUGCUAAUCCUCACUAUCGCUAACCUGCCAGGAUUCCUAAAAGGAGUUACUUAGACUGCGAACACGAGAUCUGGGAUCGGUCAGUCAUGUGACGUUGCUUCAAUUGUUCAAUUCAGUGUUACGUCAUACAUGUGAAAUCAUCUAAUCGUCUGAAAAAAACAAACUUUUAAAGUUGGAGCUUUUUUCUGCUCACUUUGAAAUGCUCAUUGCUCAGUGUCUUCUCACACACACACACACACACACACACACACACACACACACACACACACACACACACCACACAUGUUGCGAAGACCAGUGAGCCAAUCAGAUUUUUGGCCAGAAAAGGGUACAAAAAAACGUACCCAGUGGGCGGAGCCUCUGUGGUGGACUUCAGCCAAUAGACAUUGACGGUUAUUUAAAUUUAAUUGCUUCUAUUUUGAAACAAUUUUAUCGAGUUUAAAGUUACUUUAAGUGCCAGGGACUGACUCAAACUGUGUUUUUUUUUUUUAUCUAUUUAUUUUUAUUCGUUGAAAUGAUUUGAUAUUUUUGCUAUUUUUUAUUCACCCCUCAUUUCACUUAAAAUCUCAAUUUAGGUCUUCAUAUUGUAAAUUAUUUUUCUAUUGUAUCUGUGGCUGUCUUCUGUUUCUACCCCUCGAGAUUGUGAUCCACUUUGUCUUUUAUAUUAAAUAAAAUGUUUGAUAAAACA